UCUUAGAAAAGAGGCGUGCCCCUAUUGAUCAAAAGUAUUAAAUAAUAAUGACAGAUCUGACAAAAAAUUUUGCCCGUCCAGAGAAGACGGAAGUGGUGGUAACCUUCGGCAGUCUAGAUCUAUCGGUUCAAGAACUUUUGACAGCUGCUUUUCAAGUGCGUCAGCGAGCCUAUGUUCCGUACAGUGGAUUCAAAGUGGGUGCUGCUUUUCGGGCCAAGAGCGGCGGACAGAUCUUCAGCGGAUGCAAUGUGGAGAACGCGGCCUUUACGCCAAGCUCUUGUGCGGAACGAACGGCUAUAGCUAAAGCCGUAAGUGAAGGAGCCACCGAGUUUUCUGCAGGAGCUGUUAUCGCCUACGAACCCGAAGUUUUCACCACUCCUUGUGGCGUUUGCCGCCAGUUUAUUCGGGAGUUUGCCAACGAGGAUAUUCCCAUCUACAUCGCCCAGUCUAUUGAUGCAAGGAUUAGCGCGAAGGAGGAACCGCUUCAGAAGGAGGACCCCAUUCUUUGCACCUCAAUAUACAAUCUGUUGCCUAGCAGUUUUCACACCUACCGGAAAUAAUGCCACUAGACUGCAGGAGCCGGGCGAUAGAGAGAGAAAUCAGUUAGUUCAAGGUUGACACACAACCCCUUUACUGCCUCUUGUCAAUAGUAAUCUAUAUCAUUUUAAUCUAAUCACUUGCAAUAAAGAAAUUUACACUAUUAAACAAAAAAAAAAACAAUAUGGA